UCGAGAGGAGUAUGCUGCUUCUUUAGUUUUAUCUGUGGCACCAUGCGUGACGGUCAAAAUUCUGAUGUUGUUGUCGUUGGAGGCGGAUUAGUCGGUGCCUUAGUAACAUGUGUUCUCGCAAAAAAAGGUCACCACGUUCGACUCUAUGAAUAUCGAUCAGAUAUGAGAGUAGAAGUUUCUCGAGGCGUGAGCAUUGAUUUGGCUUUAUCUGCUCGAGGUAGAGAAGCUUUAAGGCAGAUCGAUUUGGAAGAUGCUGUGGUUAAUCAUCAUGGGAUCGCUAUGAAAGGACGCUUAUUACAUUCAAAAGAUAAAGGUUUAAAAGAAAUCCUUUAUGAUAGCGUCCAUAAAAAUUGCAUUUAUUCGGUCAAUAGAUCUCAUCUGAACAGGCUUCUUUUAGAUGCUGCUGAAAAAUACCCGAACGUAAGCUUAUUUUUCAACCACAAAUUGAUGGAUAUAGAUUUAGAGAAAGGUCAUUUACAAUUUGUCGAUGUCAAAAGUGGAGAAACAAUAAAUACAAAUGCAGAAUUUAUUAUUGGUGCCGAUGGAGCUUAUUCAUACAUCAGAAGAACAAUGGCUAAAAGACCUAGAUUUAAUUGUAACCAAACAUACAUAGAUCAUGGAUACGUUGAAGUUUCAUUUCCAGUUGGUCCCGACAACUCUUUUAUAAUGAGCAAAGAUCAUCUGCAUAUAUGGCCACGUGGUGAAUUCAUGAUGAUAGCUUUACCUAAUGAAGAUGGUACAUUCACGGGUAAUGUGUUUGCUCCAUUUGCAACUUUUGAGGCUCUAGAUACACCAGAAAAAUUGAUAUCUUUUUACAAGGAUCAGUUUCCCGACGCACUUGACUUGAUUGGUGAAAAGAAAUUAGUAUCAGAAUUUUUUCAAACUUCUCCAAAAACUUUAAUUUCCAUUAAGUGUAAUCCUUACAAUGUCGGAAGUAGAACUUUAAUAAUAGGCGAUGCUGCUCAUGCUAUGGUACCGUUUUAUGCUCAAGGAAUGAAUGCCGGAUUUGAGGAUGUUUUGGUUUUGAGUGAACUUUUAGAUUUUCAUAAUAAUAGUUUGAGCAAAGCCAUUCCGAACUUCACUAAAGUUCGCUGCGAUGAUGCCCAUGCCAUUUGUGAUUUGGCAAUGUACAAUUAUUUGGAAAUGCGUGAUUUGGUAACCAAAAAGUCUUUCUUAAUUCGAAAACACUUAGACACAAUUUUGCAUUGGUUAUUUCCAAAUGAAUGGAUUCCGCUGUACAGUACUGUGACUUUCUCCAGAAUGAAAUAUCGCGAUUGCAUUUAUAACAAAGAUUGGCAAGAUCGAGUAUUAAAGAAGAUAUUAAUUUGUGUCGGAGUUACCAUCUUUGCCUAUAUAAUUACUUUUAUGAUAGCUACUCGAAAUUGAACAUUUACUAUUAAAGUAGAUAAUCCAAUGGAUAAAAUAUUAUAAGGUCAUGGUUCAUGAGUGCUGGUCCCUAUGUCAGCUAUAUUCUUUAUGUAGAGGAAAAUCUUUUAACUCUGUUUAUAGUAAAAAGGUAUGGGCAAGACUGGGAAUGACAUUAAUA